AUGAGUAAGUUCAGUGUGAAAGAGAAUAACCUUUUCGAUGAUGAUGAUGAUGGUGAUCAAAAUGACAAUGAUGACCUAAAUGGCAAUAAUGAUGAUGAUCUAAAUGGCAAUAAUGAUUAUGAUCUAAAUGGCAAUAAUGAUGAUGAUCUAAAUGGAAAUGAUGAUGACGAUCAAAAUGACAAUGGUGAUGAAGCAAGGGAAGAUGAAAUUUAUGAGCAGAGGGAGAAACAUCCAAGAAGAUCAUCCAGACAGAGUAGUGCAAGUGAUGAGGGGAAACAAAGUGACGGAGAUAAUCAAGACAAUUUGAAAAACACACAUGUGCAGAAUGAGGAUCAGGUAGAAAGGAGUAGAAAAAGAAAAAAGGGAAAGAAGCACACAUCAUUGUAUAUUGACAACGAAGCUGAAGAGAAUGAAAAUGAAGAAGAGGAGGAAGAAGAGGACGAAGGGUAUGAAAAUACAGAAUAUAAAGAAAAGAAGGGGGUGGGUGGGGCAAACAAAAGUGGAGGAUUGAAAAAAAGAAAAAUGUCAAAAAAUAAAUACCUUUCAACCUUUUUAGAUACAGAAGCACAAGUAGGAGAUGACGAUGAGGAGGAGGAAUACGCGAGUUCAUAUGUGGACGAAUUUGAAGAAGCGAAAAAAUUAGAAAAGAAAAAAAUGUAUGAAACUAAAUUGAAAAGUGGAACAAAUCAUUUAGCACAAGCAAUUAACAAAUUAUCACAAAGAUAUGAAAAUGAAAAGGAGUUAAAAGAUAUAUUAACAGAUGGUGAAACAUUAACUGAUGAGGAAAUGUCAGGUGAUGAAGACGAAUAUUUUGAUGAAGGAGAAUGCUUAACUACUUUUGAUAGCCCUAAAAUGUGGUUAAUAAAAUUAUUUAAAAAUGGAGUAGAGAGAAAUCUAGCCAUAGGAAUAUACUACAAAUAUAUGAAAUUAAAAGACAACGAUUUUAAUAUUAAAGGUAUAUACGUGUCAGAUAAUCUGAAGGGGUAUAUAUAUGUAGAAGCAGACAGUUUAUACAUGUUGAAAAGGUUCUUACUAGGAUUCAAGUUUAUUAAUUUAAAUGAAAUUUCCAUAGUCCCGGUACAAGAAUUAACAUCCAUAUUUUCUAUGUGUCACUCAAAGGUUAUCAUUCCAAAGGUAAAUGAAUACGUAAGAAUAAAACGAGGUGUCUAUAUGAAUGAUAUAGGACAGAUAUUUGAAGUUCAUGAGAAAGGUAUUUAUGCCAUCGUCAGAUUAAUACCUCGAAUAGAGUAUGACAAAUAUAACUAUCGAAAGAAAGGGAAUUAUCAUCUAAAUUUAUCAUCUGCGUUAAAUAAAGGAAAUGCAUCCAUAUUUGAUGAAAACAGUAAUAAAAAUGAAACGUACUAUAUAAAUGAUAAAUUUGAUAUGAACAAUGUGAAUAACAACCACAUGAAUCAUCAUCAUGGGGGGAGGGGAGAUAAUCGUAAUGAUCCUGUAAGUGGAUAUUUAUGGAAUGAAAAAAUGGAUAUACUAGAUGAAGCAUUACAAAUUAAAAAAAAAAAGAAAAAAGAAAGACCACUAAAAAAGUUUUUCGAUAGGGAAGAAAUUGAACAAAUUGGUGGAGUGAUUGAACAUGGACCAUAUCCAAGAACUAUUAAAUAUCAAAAUAACAUUUUUGAAGAAAAUGGAUAUUUAUUAAAAAAGAUGAAUAUAAAAUAUUUAAUUUCUGAAGAUGCAAAUAUUACGUUAACUGAGAUUCGUGACUUUAAUAAAAAUAAUGCAAAUGAAGAGGAUAUCAAUUUGCAUGUUAGUAAAUUUUUCGUUAAUAAAAAUUCUUUACAUUUAUAUAAAAAAGGAGAAAGGGUUAAAAUUUUGAAAGGAGAAUUGAAUAAUUUAAUAGGAACAAUAACAAAUAUAAAUGAAAAUGUAUUAACAAUAAAUCCAGAUAAUUUAGCGAAAGAUUUUAAAUUUCUACCAAGUUAUGUUACAAAAUAUUUUCUAGAAGGGGAUAAUGUAACAGUUAUUAAUGGAAUACAUAAAGGAAAAAGUGGACUUAUAUCUUUACUUGAUUAUAAAGAAAAUAUUGCUCUUAUUUUUUCUCCUUCGUUGAAUACUGAAUUUCGUGCAUCUAUUCAAGAUCUAACAGCUUCUGAACACACUACUAGUGAAGGAUUAGAUGGUAUUAAUUCUUUAAACGGGUUUUCAAUAGGAGAUUUAAUAGAACUUAGUGAUAGACAAAUAGGAGUACUAACAUAUAUUGAUAAGAAUAAGCACAUCCGGGUCUUAACUAGUAAUCAUAAAAUUUUACACACAACUAUAGGAUCAAUUACAUCCAAAAGAUCAGCAAUAGGGCAAGUAUGUAAAGAUGAAAAUGGAAACAUUGUCCAAUCCAAAGAUACCAUACAAAUAGUUCGAGGAAUUCAUAAAAAUAAAUUAGCCGUAGUUAAUUACAUAUGGAAGAACCAAAUUUUUGCGAAAAUUAAUAAAAAAGUGGAAGAUAAUGGGUUUGUCGUUUUAGAUAAUGAAAAUUGUAGACUAACAGGAAAUCAAAAUGAAAAAAAAAAAAUAAUAACGUAUAAUAAUCUCUUCAGAACUAAUAACUCAUCAUUACCCAGAAGAAAUAUUUACCAAUCAUUUAUUGGAAAAACUGUAAAAAUUUUAAGUGGGGUUUACAAAGGAUUAUUAGGAGAUGUCAUUGAUGCAGAAAGGGAUGAAUUUACUCUACUUUUAAAAAUCAAGCCAAAGACCAUAAGGCAAAAAAGAACAGAAUGUGCUAUUGCAGAUUCUUAUAGAGAAAACUAUAACAUGUUAGAUGAUGGUAGACAUUAUAACCAACAUGACAAUGGCAUGGAUCGAAGGAUGGCAAGUGAUGAAUUCCAUUCCAAACCAUGGCAAAAUAGAAAUGAUAAAAGUCCUAGAUACGACAGAAAAAAAUAUGAUGAAUCCUUUUACAAUGAAAGUGUGAGAACAAAAGGUUCAGAAUUACACAAAAAUGAAUUCCGCUCGAGGUAUGAUGGACACAGAAGUAGUUACAACAAUUACAGUGAUGAAAUGAGGAGGAUGAGGAGAAGAAGAAAUCACAAUCAUGUUGAUACAAAACUUUCAAGUUAUGAAGAGGGUGAUGUUAUUAGCGCCACUGCAGGUGUUUCUUCUUCUGUUGAACGUAUUUCUCAUUCCGGAUCCCGUUGGAAUCAUCAUAACGAGAAGAAAAAUAUUAACGACAACAGCAGCAUUUAUCCACCCCCUCCUCCAGCUGGGGUAGGAGCAGGAGCAGAAGUACAUAGAAGAAGUGAAAAAGACAUAUCCCAUAAGGGAGGUGACUCCUCCUCCUCCUCGUACACAAUACAUAAUAACAGAAUCAAUGAAAAAAAAAAAAUUGGAACAAGAAAAAAGUAUGAAGAUGAAGAUUUCUUAAAAGGAAUGCAUGAAGAGAGACGUGAUUCCCGCACGUUCAAUGUUAAUCAAAGAUUUGGUGAUAAUAGGAGAGAUGAAAAAAAUAACACUUCUAAAGGUAGAGGAAAAUGGGGGGAUGAGCAAAGAAACGGAAUAAAUGGGAUAAGCGAUCCUAAAACCCCCAAUGGUGGAAAUAUGUUUGGAAUGGACCACGAGAAGGAAAAGGAGGAGAAGGAGAAGGAAAAGGAGGAGAAGGAGAAGGAAAAGGAGGAGAAGGAGAAGAAAAAGGAGGAGAAGGAGAAGAAAAAGGAGGAGAAGGAGAAGAAAAAGGAGGAGAAGGAGAAGAAAAAGGAGGAGAAGGAGAAGAAAAAGGAGGAGAGUCAAGAUUAUCCCCUUUGGUUAAUUGUAGGAAUUAUGAUAAAGGUUAUCACUCCAGGUCCAUUUUACAACGAAAUUGGGAGAGUCACAGAAGUAAUUAAAAAAAGUCUGUAUACCAUUUUAAAAAUAUCAACGGAAAAAACAUCCUUUAGCAUUGUUUCUGAAGCUGUUGUUCCUCUAAAACCGAAUAGAAUAAAGGAUGAAGUUAUAGUUUUAGAUGAGGGAAAAAUUAUCGAAGGGUCAGUCCAAGACAUACAAAAUGAUGACAUUCAAGUGAACACGCCACAAGGAAUUUUUACCUAUCGCAUGAAAAAUGUUUUUUUGUUUAAAAAAAAUGAUAUUCCACGUGACAUUUAG